AGCCAGGUCCUCGCCAGCAGCGGCAGCUUGCCCUGCUGGCCCAGAUCUAAGCCGGCAUGAGCGUGAGCUGCCCUCUUCAGAGUCCUUGUUACCCUCGUGCGUUACGGAACCGAACUCGGCAUGUGCUAGAGAGCAAGACCCGUCGGGUCCACCAGACGGCACCGCCGUUCCAUCCAGCGUCGUUACCACUUGCAGUGGUGCACUGAACCCGACCCGCCCAGCCCCGUCUCCUGCCGUACCGCCAGCAACCGCCUCCGCCAGCGUCGCCGAGGCAGCCGCCAACACCGGUGGUGGGGCUCCAGUAGUACCACCAUCGUCACCGCAACCGCCACUGCCACCGCCGACAGCCCCUCGGUCCCCCGGUUGUGAGUCCGUGUCCUCUUCCGUCGAUGACGCUGCGCUGUACGCGGAGUUUUACGGCGAGGAGUCUCGGUUGCCGCCUCCACUGCCGCCGCCAACGAAACCUGUAUCUACCACAGACGCAUCUUUGUUAACAUCCUCGUCGCCGUCCUCGCCACCGCUAGCAAGAUCACCAACGGCAUCAGCACCCUCCUCCUCCUCCGCCGCCGCCGCCGUCAAUGCUCCCAAAGUCGACGCCGCCUUCGCCCCCACCGGCGGCACCGCCAGUCGCGAGGGCGGCUUCUCCUUCACCGCUCCCGACCUGCCGCCGCCGCCGCCCCUGCCGCCGGGGCUGCCGCCAGUGGCUGCGCCAAUUGACUGUCGCUACCUCUCCGUCGCAAACCGACUGCGUGUGUCCGCGCAUGCGACCACAGCCGCCAUGGCUGAGCUCUUAGGGCUACGUCAGCGGCCCUCGCAGGCUGCGGAGCAGCGCAAGACGGAUCGAGUGAACCAGAUCCUGCAGAACGUGGCGGAUACGCUGCAAGCGUACGGAUAUGCCGUACUGGAUAACUACAUCUCGGAAGAGGCCGUACAACUAGCUCGCAAGGAGCUGCGUGUCAUGGAGCCGCACUACAGCCCCGGCAUGAUCUGGGUCGGCAAGGAGACCGAGGUGGGCGCGCAGAUCUCCGUGUCCGCCGUACGAGGCGAUGUCGUACUGUGGCUGGACGACACCGCACUGGGCGCCACCGCCUUUGUGAAGGACGGGGUGCGGCGCAAGUGCAGCUUCAUCCAGCUGCAACAGCUGCUUGCUGACGUGGACGAGCUGGUGUUUGAGGGGCUGCGGCCGCGGCUGCCGUACCUGGCGGGACU